AUGAUUCAAAGAAGCGGGCGUGUAUUUCAACUGAGCCGCCCUUUGUUGCCUCUUUUCCACGCCAGAGAUCUUGAGCUCCACCACCACCACCACCAAUUCCUGUACCGUCAGCAGAAUCUUGAAGAUGAACAAAGCGAAAACAACAAUAUGAACCGCAGUCUAAAGCGAGAUCGUGGCGAGGGGGAAGAGCUAGUGCCGGCCACCAAAGAAGGAGAAAUGACAAAAAGACCUAGAGGCAGACCCGCCGGUUCAAAGAACAAACCAAAACCCCCUAUAAUAAUUGCUCUAGACAGUUCAAAUGCAUUCAGAGCACAUGUAAUGGAGGUUGUUGACGGCUGUGAUAUUCAAGAAAGUGUGUCCACUUUAGCCACACGGCGGCACAGAGGUUUUGCACACCCCCCACCGAACUUCACCCUUCGCCACUACCAAUUCCUCCCAUUGCCGCCUCUCUCGGCUGCACAUUUCAACUUCAAACUUUUUGCACAAAAAAUGAAGAUCUUCAACUGGGUGCACCGCAAGUUUAAUUAUAAAGAUGGAAUUGGUGGAAAUGAGAACAAAAAUGCCAAAGACACUGAUAAAGAUAUCCUACUUGAAGACAUUGCACUUGGUGACAUGCUCCAUGGUUGGAAAGGAGGAAUACUAACAAUUGGAACAUUUGGAUUCAAUCGGAUUAAUAUUGAAGAAAAAGAGUAUCUAUAUAGGGACGAAGAAGAGGAAGAUGAAAGUGACGUGACUGACGAAUCAGAAGAAGACGACGACGAAGACCAAGAGUCGAACCCAUUGAUGCAUGCAGCUUAUGCACAUGAGUUUGAGGGUUCAACCUGUGAUAAUGCUGCAAAGGACACCAUUGAUUCAGAUUGCGAUAUGAAGAACAUGAAGAAAGAGAGAAUUACACUAGCAGAUUUGUUCUAUGCUGAUUCUGAUGAACAGGAAAAGUACAAGAAAAGUAAGGGAAAAUUAUUGGAGCCAGAAUACAAUAAGAAAUUGUCUGCUCCAGAAGCAAAUUAUAAGCGUCGACUUACUUUCGCCAAGAAACUUGUCCCUCGAGUUGGAGAAGAUUCUCGUCCUAUCAAAAAACUGCACCAACUGAUGACAAGAAUGUUGAAGAGAAAGAUUCAUCCAGACAUAGGAGUAAACAUUAACAAGGACAAUCAUCAAAAUACUAAACCUAAAGUUGCCUUUGAAGACGGCAAAAUCUAUGAAUCCAUUUCACUUCUUCAAUCUCAAGAUGUCAACAUGUAA